UGCAAAACACAUGCAGCAGAAUUUUAACUCAUUUAAAAAAACCAUGCAACAUCCAUUCAAAUCCAUGCAAAGUCCAUGCAACAUCCAUUCAAAUCCAUGCAAAGUCCAUGCGACAUCCAUUCAAAUCCAUGCAAAGCACGUUAAUCCACAUGCAAAGUCCAUGCAGGCUGCGAGAAAUAUUGUUAAUAAGUUCCAUGCAAUGUCCAUGCAAAAUUGCAUGCAUCUGCAUGGAUUUAUAUGAAAACCAUGCAAUCCACAUGCAAUAUUGCAUGGACUCGCAUGAUCCAUGCAACAUCCAUUCAAAUCCAUGCAAAGUCCAUGCAAAAUCCAUUCAAAUCCAUGCAAAGUCCAUGCGGCAUCCAUUCAAAUCCAUGCAAAGCACGUUUAUCCACAUGCAAAAUUGAAUGCAUCUGCAUGGGUUUUAACGAAAACCAUGCAAUCCACAUGCAAUUUUGCAUGGACUUGUAUGGUUCAUGCUACAUCCAUGCAUCUGCUGUUCUGCCCGUAAUAUACAAUUCGUAUACUAGUAUCAACCUUACUGACAAUGUCAAUCAAUCAAGGAGCACCUGUUUUAGAUUGUGAGAGUUAAUAAUAGUACUGCUUCCUCCGCUGCACAUUAGGUCAAGGAUGCC